AUGUUGCAGGAUAUUGGAAAGUUUGUGGAAGUGACUGAAACUGUGUCACAAGCUUCAAUGAUUACGAAGUAUAUCUAUAAUCACUGCCAUCCUUUGUACUUGAUGAGGCAGUUCACAGGCGGCCGAGAAAUACUUCGUCCAGCUCCAACUCGAUUCGCCACUAAUUUCAUUGCUUUGCAAAGUAUUUUAGCUCAAAAGGAUGCAUUGAGAGCUAUGCUUACGGAGCCACUUGUUCAUGUAUUGCGUAUUGUGGAUAGUGAAGAUAGAGCUGCAAUGGGUUUCCUUUAUCAAGCUAUGUAUAAGGCUAGGGAAGACAUGGUGAAGAGGUUUCAAAAAAGAAAGAGGGUUGUUGAACCUUAUUUGAAGAUUUUAGAUUCACGUUGGGAUUUACAACUUAAAAGAAACCUUCAUGCUGCUGGUUAUUGGUUAAAUCCAGCUUUUCAAUUUAAUUCUGCAGAAUUUGACAAGCACAAAGAAACAAUUUCUGGCCUAUUAGAUGUGAUUGAGAGAUAUGCUUACGGUGAUGCUGAUUUGAUUACUAAAUUGACAAGUGAGAAGAGAAUCUUUAAGAAUGCUGAAGGAGACUUUGGGAGACAGUCUGCAAUACAUCAAUGGUGGGAAUUUUAUGGAUGUGGAGCACCAAACCUGCAAAAGUUAGCAAUUUGUGUUUUGAGUCAAACUUGCAGUUCUUCAGGUUGUGAGCGUAACUGGAGCAUUUUCGAACACAUUCACUCAAAGAAAAGGAAUCGGUUAGAGCAUCAAAAGCUUAAUGAUCUUGUUUAUGUUCAUUACAACUUAAGGCUACAACAAAGGAACCGAAUGAGAAAGCAAAGUUAUGAUCCAAUUUGUCUUGAUGCAUUUGAGGAUCAUUCGGAAUGGAUAAUGGAAGAUUCACCACCAUUUUUAACUCCUGAAGAAGUUGAUGCUUUACGGAAUGAUCUUGCAAAUAUGUCUCUUCAAUCAGCUUUAGAUGAUUUGGGUAUGUUGUUGUUAGGGAUGAUUUUGUAAUGCUUUAACCAAAUAUUUUGCCUUAUUAUUGAUUAUGAUUUGUGAAACAUUAUUGAAAUGCUAGAUGAAUUGAAUCUGGAAGAAGAUCGAGAUGAUGGUGAAGCUAAUAAUACUUCUGUGGAAAAUGCAAAUCAGAAUGAAACCAAUCAACAUGUAGCUCCAGAUUUGUCAGAUGAAGAAAGAUAUCCAGACUUUGAAGUUACUCCUUGGAUAUAAUCCA